GUUUCUAGACCCUGCUGAGUCCUGUAAACUGCAGCCAGAGAGUCCUGAAUGAGAACUUCAUCGCGGUCGUUACGUUCUCUCAGAGUCGAGAGUCCACACCAUGCCGGCCUGCUCUGCUUCCCUGCUCUGCCUGCUCCUCCUGCUGCUGUGGGGUCUGCUGGGACCUCUGGUGCUCUGCAUCUGUCCUGCUGUGUGCAUCUGCAGCCGAGGACACCGCGUGGUGGACUGCUCCUCCAGAGGCCUGACCAAGCUCCCGCCCGGUCUGCAGCACAACAUCCGCUUCCUGAACCUCUCCUUUAACAGCUUGCAGAAUCUGGACACCCAGCUCAGUCACUAUGCCCACCUGCGAACCCUGGACCUUUCCUACAACCGCCUGGAGAGCCUGCCCCCGUCCUUACCCAAGUCUCUGUGGGACCUCCGAGCCGUGGGGAACCACCUCCGCUCUCUGGAUAAGAACGACACGGCGUACCACUGGAACCUGAGGGUGCUGGACCUGUCGGACAACGAGCUGGAGAAGGUGGUCUUCAUCAACAACACACUGCCGAGCCUCCAAACGCUCAACCUCAGCCACAACCGCUUCUGGACCGUGCCCACCAACAUGCCGCACCACCUGGCGAGCAUUGACCUGUCCCAUAACUUUCUGACUCAGAUCCUGCCGGGGUCUCUGGACCGGCUGCCCAGGCUGACUCAGCUGUACCUGCAUGCGAACCGCUUCCCCUGGCUGUCUGACGGGGUCUUCGAGAAGCUGGCGGGUCUGGAGCUGAUGACGCUCGGGGACAACCCGUGGGCCUGUGAGGAGGAGGAGAACAUCACCAAGCUCCUGAGGUGGGCUGAGCAGACCCGGGCCACCGUGUUAGGCUGCCCCUGUCACACCAGACCGGUCUGUGGGCAGACCCACGUGGCGACCCCGGGGAGGGAGUGGCACUCUGCUCUGUUCACGGAGCCGCCGCUGUGGGUGGACAGCCGGGGGGACGGACAGUCGCCUGUUCGGACCGCAGAGGCCACGUCCAGCUACCAGGCCAAGUCCGCCCUCUUUGAGACCGAGAUCUUUCAGGGCACACGAGGACCGAGUGACUCCAGCGACCACGUGGUCUUCGUCUGGACGCCUUCCUCCAGUUUGGACUCUUUCUCCACUCGAACAAGCACAACAACUCGCCCGCGCUCCUCCACCAGGAAGCCCAAAGUGGCGAGCACGAGGAAUAAAGGAUCAGGACUCUGCGAGGAGACUCAGACUGUUCUCCUGACUGUGUCCUUCAUGGUCUUCUUCUUCUGACUGGACUCAGCUCUGACCCGGUCUCUCUGGACUAUGAAUGUACGACCACAGCAUCCCCAUGUCCACCCUCUGUAAACACUGAUACGACUGUUACUGCCUUCUGUCUCCUUCAUCAUCAUCAUCAUCGUCAUCAUCUUCAUCUUCAUCAACGUCAUCAUCUCCUCGGAUAUGAAAUCUAUAAACCUACAGAUCUCUGGUUCCUCUGUCGCUCUCCGUAUAAAGCCUGUGCUCUGUGCUUCGCUCUGCGCUUCGCUCUGUAGUGAUGUUAGUGAUGUUUGUGCUUCAGAUCACACAUGAUCAAUAUAUGCAUCACAUUCCAGAGCCCGAGGAAGACGCCAAUAAAGGGCUAUUACACAAAAACAAGGGUCU